UUAUGUGUGGAGAGGUGGUUGCAGUCAGUGAUGAUUUUACAACACGCUGUCUCCUGCUGUUUAAAGGAUUUAGGCUGGGAUGAAAUGUUUUCUAAUAAUUAGUGAUUUUUGUGUUUGUUUAUUACCUGCACGGAGUUCCGUGAAAAGGAAAGCAUCCCUUUUCUGUGUUGAAUUUCACACACAGAGCGGAGCGCGUCAGUCGCAGCUACAGACAAGUCGAGCUUUUCAAUGAGAUGAUUUACUGAGAAACAAACGCGUUGAAGCUCCAGCAGAGCUCUGCGCGAUUCUGAAAGACCAAAGUAAAGUUACUCCUUGCAAAGCAUGUUGUUUGUGUUCUUUCUUUAUCACACCAGAAGAAGUGAUGAAUAUAUUUGAAUGGGAAGGCUACAGUACAAAAUAAAUAUUAAUAAAUAAAAACCGCGGUGUUUCUGAUUGAAAAGAGGUUUCCGCUAGACCAGUGUGAAACUCAAACCAGUGAAGAUGGACGCGUCAGCGUGUCCGUGUCGCUCUUUCAAGACGAGCUCGCCUCUACCAUCGAGCACGCAGUGAAAGCGGCUCUACACACCGUCUUGUGUGCGAUUACUAAAGCUGUCGGCAGCAAAUUCACUGAAUUCAGAGUGGAAAUGGAACAAAAAGGAGAAAGAGAAUGAAAGUCUGAAGCUGAGAUUGGAAAUAUCAGAGAGCGAGCUGAAAGCAGUACGAGGCUGUAUAAACGCGACACUAAACAACCUUUACUAUUUCAAGAUCCCAUGGAGAGCCAUGCUAUCCCUGAAUCUAAAGGACAGGAGGGGCCAAAGAUAGAAGCAGGAGUGCUGUGCAAGUCUAAUGCAGGUUACAGAGCUGGCAUGUGUUAAAGAUGAAGAGGUCCCUCAACAGGAAUGUGUUCCUAUUAAAGAGGAGUUCAUAGAGCAUGAAUGUGUCCCCAUCGCAGAGGAACUUCCUCGUGAAAAUCAUGUCUGUACACUUGAGGAGAACAACAAGCUGGGAUCCAACCUGUGUGAUGACUCUCCAUCUGAAUGUGAACUGGGAUUCAGAGCUUCUAAAGUAGAUGAAGGAGAACACGACUCCACUCUAUCACCCCAGUGCAAAAACUCUUCUAGAGGCAAACCACAGUGCAAGAAACACAGAGAAACGACACCCCAAGAAGAAUAUGUGAACACAUUGAGAACUCACUCAGUUACAAUCCCUUCCUUACAAGACAGACACCCACUUACUGUGGAGAGUACAGAGACGCCACAUUCUGUGUGUUUUAACAAUUCUGAAACCCAGGGCAAGUUGAAGACCUUGCCUCAUUCUAUUAAAGGUGGGAAGAGUUCCUGUCAAUUAGACGCUCCUGAAACUCACAAGGGAAAUCCCACAGGAGGGACUAUGUUUUCCUGGGCUGAUUGUAGGAAGAGUUUCAAUCAUAUAUCACUGCUUAAAGGAGACCAGCGCAUUCACACAGGAGAGAAACCUUCUCACAUACAGACCAGUGAUAAGAGUUUCACACAGUUAGGAAAUCUUCAUUCACACCAGCACAUUCACAUAAGAGAGAAACCUUAUCACUGUACUGAGUGUGGGAAGAGAUUAAGUAAUUUAGGAAAUCUUAAAAUCCACCAGCGCAUUCACACAGGAGAGAAACCUUAUCACUGUUCUGAGUGUGGGAAGAUAUUCAGUGACUUAGGAUCCCUUAAAAGGCACCAGCGCAUUCACACAGGAGAGAAACGUUAUCACUGUGCUGUUUGUGGGAAGAGAUUCAGUCAGUUAGGAAACCGCACAAGACACCAUAACAUUCAAACAUAUGUGUAAUCCUAUCCCUGCACUUAGUGUGAAGAAGUUUAGUCAGUUGCAGGCUCUUACAGGACUUGAGAACAUUCUCAGAAAUGCAGACACUUGGGGACGCCUAAACAACAGGAGUGCAUUCGACUAAAUACAGAAAUAUUAACUGAAAACAAAAGAAUAAACUUGCUUGAUAAAUAGGGUCACCCCUAAUCACAAUCUGUUCAGAUCAAAAACUCACCAAAAUCUGUGUUCAUCAUGUUGUUGAGCAUUCUGAUUGUGUUACAUCACAUUAGUAAUAUAUUAAAAAGAUUGUUAUCAUGAGUGCAAGUUUCUCUUUUUUUCCUCCUGCAUUGCUCAGCCUCUUGCAGUGUGUUGUGUGGAAUCUUCCCUGAUACCAUGGUGAAUCUGCGGUACCUCAAGACGCAGCACAGUAUACCACAGUUAUCAUGCGGGCAGCUUGAAGUGUAAAAUCAAUACUGUUUCCAGCAGGGUGCGCCAGAGAGCUUUUAGCACUUUAAUGGGCUGCAUACCAUUGCUUCUUAACAAGGUGAUUUCUGCUCCCGAUGUGUUGAAUACUCCCCUCUCUCUCUGGGGGACUCUAUUAAACAAACAGGCAUGAGGUAUUUAGAAAUCACAGCUUUAUUACAUCAGCUUAGAUUCUCUCGUGUACCAGUUCUCUGUGCAUGGAAACAACAUUUUCAUGAGCCAUCUGCAAAAACAGCACAAGAACUUUACACAUGGCUAAUUUAUAUAGCAACCCCCACCU